CACUUUAAUACUAUCUCGUUCAAGCAUCCUUGUGUGCCAUUCUCAGAAACAUAUCAAAGAAAUAAAGAAACGUCUCAGAUCAUUGGAGAAUUCAUGAUAUUCGGAGUUGCCCUGGUAUACCUUUUAAUCGUAUGUUGCAACCGAUGCUGGUAUAAUGCAGACUACAACACAUACGUCAUAGUCGAUAAUUACUUGAAGAUAAAGGAAGAUAUGAUAAGUAAAGAUAUCAGAAAAAUUUUGGAAGAAAAACUCAAAACGGCGAUGCCAGAAUUGCAGAAUAAACAAUAUUACAAAGACGCUAUCAAAAAUAUCAAAGAACACGAAGACAAUUACAAUGAUGAUAAUCAUAUUGCAGUUAAUAUUGCAGAGUGGGAGACUGUUAGCACUGUAACAUAGAAGUGAUAGCUCGAUAACAGCACACAGGCCGUAUUAAAAUAAAUAUAAAUUUGAACUAACGUUUGUAUUCAUUACAUUUAUAUU